AUGUUUAUAAAGCAAAAUGACUCAAUUCAUGAAAAGAAUACACAUAAAUUUCAGAUUGACUAUUUCUUAGAACGUCUUAAAAUUCAUAUUGCAGAAUAUGUGGAAGUGAGCUUACAAAAACAUGUCUCUUCUAUACAAGAAAAGCAAAACACUGAUAAGCUUUGUUUGAAAUUAGAAGAGCUAUCAAAACGGAUCGAGGAGCAAGAGAGUGGGUACAAUGAUGUGGUGCUUAGAAUGAUUGAAACUAAUGUUUACAUGAUGCUAGCAACAAUACAAACCACAGACUACAAUUUAUUCAAUCAGCUAACAAUUUACUUUAAAAAGCUUAUUACUUAUACAUUACAGGAAGAUUGUCUCUAUACCGUUAAUCAAGUUGGAGAAAUUUUUGGAUGCCAUUUGCAUGGUUUUACCAAAUAUCCUCUUUUAGUGGCAUUUCAACUCCCAUAUAUUAACAGGCUAAUUGCAAAUAUAAUCAGAAUUUGUAAAAAAUAUCCAAUUAUAUUACAGAUUUGGAUAUUGCCAGAUGGUGAUUCCGAUUUCGCAAAAUUGUUUCAAUCGUUGCCCAACAACACUAGAUUGCCAAUGUAUCAGAUAAUUAAAAAUUUUCUAGUUGUUGAUUCUCCUCUAGACCAAACAGUGAAUGUGGUUGAGCUAAUUUCUUUAACAAAAGUUUCGAAUUGUCUAGACAACUGGUUUUUACAGAAUAAAGAUUUGGUGAAUUUACUAAGUAAUAAAUGCUCCAAUAGCAUUUUUCAAAUGGAGAACAUAGAUUCCAGGUUUCAUAAUGUUACUGAAUUUGCAAAGUAUUUUAAGAUGUUUUGUCUAAUUGUUGAAAACUGUACACCUCAAAUUGCACAAACAUAUUAUAAUUUUUUUGAAACACAGGUAUUAAAUGUUGUUCUACAUAAUGAGAUACGUCAUCAACAUCAACUUGCUUUUUCGGUCUUACAAACUAUUGCUGAGAUAACAACCAUCAAAACUAUGGAAAGGGUUUUUGAUAAUGAAUGUUUCACUAGCUGGAUUAAAAUUGUGUUUGAAGAAGUGGAAAAUCUACCAAAUUUGUUCAUUUCACUAAGCAAUUUAUUUAGCAAACAUGAAGAAAUAUUAGUGAAAUUAAUGGCUACAAAAAUCAAGCCAAGUGAUGAACCCUAUUCAAUCGAAGACUUACGUUUGAAGGCAAUGAAGGUCUGCAAAAGAGAUACUACAGAAAUUAGUUCUUUUAUGGCCACCACACUAAAGCAUCAAUUCAAGGACUUG